AUGACACUCUUCUGGUUGUUUGUCUUGAGUUUUCUCUCUGCACACCUAAUCAUUCCCGCAUACUCGUUAGUUCAUAUAAAAUUGGGUUUUAUGGCACCAUGGACGACAGGAUUCGAUUUAUUAGACAACUUUAGUGGGACAACGAGCGCGGGGGCAAUAAGUAUAGCAAUGGACAGGAUAAAGGAAAUGAACUUGGUUGAAGAACUUAAUUUCGAGAUCGUUUGGCGUGAUUCAGAGUGCAGUAGUAAGCAGACGAGUGGUAGAAUAGUUGAACUAUAUGCAGAUGAACACGUUGAUGUUAUCAUAGGACCACCAUGUUCAAAAGCAUGUUUUUCAGCUGGACAACUUGCUUCAUUCUGGAAUAUACCAAUAAUUUCCUGGGUAGCGACAGAUCCCGAGUUCAAUGACAAGACAAGAUAUACAACUCUAGGUCGGUCAUUGGGUCCUUUCACCAAACUCGGUGUAUUUCUAAUGGAAGUAAUGGAAGGUUAUAAUUGGAACAGAGUUGUUGUUAUUGCAUCUACAUACCUCUUGUUUAAAGAUGCUGCUACAGCUAUUGUGAAGACUUUUCAAGAAAAUAACGUCACCCUGGCAUAUUACGCUACGUACAAUAACAACCCAACUAAGAAGUUUAUACAGAAAAUUUUGACAAAAACAAAGAAAGAAGGAAGAAUUGUUGUUAUUUGUGCCCCCAAACGGGAUCGGCGCAUGUUAUUACUGGAAGCAUACGAUAUGGGCAUGACUACAGGAGAAUACGUGUUUUACACAGUUGAAAUGUUACCUGAACAAGAUGUCAUCACUGCUGAAGAAACAUUUCUAGGAGAUGAUGGCCGUGACGAAGACGCUAGAAAAGCAUUUGGAGCAGUAUUCCAUAUGUCAUUGGCUGCAUUGACUGGAGAAGAAGUAGACCAAUUCACCAUAAACGUGACACGUCGUCUAGCAGGCCCACCAUGGAAUUUAACAUUAAAUAGUGAAAUUAAGGGGAAUAAAUAUUCAGCUUUUUUACACGAUGCUAUAAUACUAUAUGCCCUGGCGUUGAAUGAAACACUGUCAAGAGGGUUUGAUCAUCGUGAUGGUGAGGUGAUGUUACAAGCAAUGGCAGGAAUGUUUUUUAAAGGUAUAACGGGGAAUGUUUUAAUAGACAUGAAUGGAGACAGAGAACCAGAUUACUGGAUUUCAGAUUUACAAGAAAAUGGAUUGUUCAAGAAGAUUGCAGAAGUUGUGAAUGUUGAUAAUGGGACACGGAUCACACGUCAGCUUGCCGAGCCACGUUGGGGUGACGGACGGGUUGGACACCAGUUUGCACCGCCAGACAUUCCAGUAUGUGGGUUUCAAGGAGAAUUUUGUCAAGGAAGUAGUAGUGUAUAUAUUUACAUUAUUGCCUUCUCUGCCAUUGCUUUGCUGGUUGUACUGGUAGUCAUUCUUGGCUUAUUUCUAUACAGACGGAGUCAGUAUGAAGCUGAACUGAUGAGUAUGAGAUGGAAAAUUCAAAUGGAAGAAGUCCAAAUGGUGUCAAAUACGUCACAUCCGAAAAUGGCCUCCGGAAAUGGAAGCCAGACUAGUGGUAACAAUAUGGGCUCAGGUUCUUUGCUAUCAAGACUUUCCGGGAAAGGAUCCACCGAUUUACGAAGUACAAUUACUAAUAAAAGCACACAGUACUUCUGCAAAGUCGGAGUUUAUCGGGGAUUGACUGUGGCCUUGAAAAAGAUCAACAAGGAGCAUAUGCAAAUCAACCGUAAAGUGCUAAUCGAAUUUAGCGAGAUUAGGGAACUUAGUCAUGACAACCUGAACAUAUUCAUUGGAGCAUCGGUGGAUGUGGGAAACAUUUACGUACUAUGGCAGUAUUGUCCUAAAGGAAGUCUUCAGGAUGUGUUAGAAAAUGAUGAUGUGAAGUUGGAUAAAGCAUUUAAGAUGUCAUUUAUUUCGGAUAUUAAUAUGGGAAUGGAAUACUUACACAAAAGCCAACACGGAUACAGUUCCCAUGGCAGCCUGAAAUCGUCAAACUGCUUGAUAGACAAUCGGUGGAUAGUGAAAAUUACUGACCAUGGUCUGCCGAGUUUUGUGCAAGGACAAACUCAAGCUGACGACACGGAGGAGCAAGAUAAAUUCUUACGUAAAUUAUGGACCGCUCCUGAAAUUUUGCGUAUGAACUUUGCACCCCCAUGUGGCACUCAAAAAGGAGAUAUUUACAGCUUUGCUAUUGUAAUGUUUGAAAUUCUUGAACGUUCUGCGCCAUAUACGUUUGACAACAUAACACCUAGAGAUGCUGUUAAUCGAAUUCGAAGUGGUGAGAGUAUUCCGUAUCGUCCAGUCGUAUCAGUCUCAGAUGAGAACGAGGUAAUGGGCAAACGUAUUUACCAGUUAAUGACACAAUGCUGGAGCGAAAAUCAAGAAGAGAGACCAUCUUUCAGCAAAAUACGAUCUGUUAUUCGUGCUAUCAAUGGCGGAAAAAACAUCAGUAUUAUGGACAAUAUUUUAAGCAUGAUGGAAAAAUAUUCGUAUAAUCUUGAAACGAUUGUCGAGGAAAGAACAGAAGAACUUGUGGAAGAGAAACGAAAAACGGAUCGGCUGCUGUAUCGAAUGUUACCUCCGACUGUAGCUGACGCCCUUAAGUUGGGGAAAAUUGUGGAGCCCAAGCAUUAUGAAUAUGCCACUGUGUAUUUCUCUGAUGUUGUCGGUUUCACUAAACUGUCUUCAGAGAGCACAGCAAAGCAGGUUGUUGACCUUUUGAACGAUCUUUACACAUGUUUUGACGAAUUGAUUUCAAACCAUGACGUAUAUAAGGUUGAGACCAUUGGUGAUGCAUAUAUGAUAGUGUCCGGUUUGCCACAGAUGAAUGGUAAACGUCAUAGUGCUGAGAUUGCCAACUGUGCAUUGGACCUGCUUAGUUCCAUCACACGUUUUAAAAUACGUCAUCGUCCUGACGAAAAACUGCAACUGCGAAUUGGUAUACAUACAGGUCCUGUAGUGGCUGGUGUUGUUGGUUUGGUUAUGCCUCGAUAUUGUCUGUUUGGGGAUACUGUCAAUUUAGCGUCUAUAAUGGAAUCUAAUGGAAAACCUUUACAUAUCCACAUCACCAAGCAAACCUACCUAGCUCUGAUCGCAUUAAAUUGUGGAUAUCGUAUGUAUCAUCGUGGAGAGAUACAUGUCAAGGGCAGAGGUUUACUAUCCACAUAUUUUCUUGCUGGUAAAGAUGGAUACAAAGGUUUCCUGCCUGCAGUUCUUAGCCAAGGUGAUACCUCUGGGGAGUAUGGUGGUGAUUGCGCAUAA